AUGGGAAAGCCUGGUGCACCCGUGCAAUGGACGGGCAACUCCAUUCAUAAACUUUUACUAUACAAACGUCGUGUGAACUUUUUGAAUUGGGGCUACGGCCUUGAACACAUUCCUUUUAUAUUCUUGUACGCGUAUUCGCUCUACCAUUGUUUUUUAACUAUUGGAGAGCCUUAUGCUCAAGUUAUAAAGGAAAUGGAAGAAGCAGGUCUUAUGGCUGCUAGUCCUAGAGAUGUUACUGUCUCGGGGGAUGACGGUGGCCUGGCUGCCGCGAUGCUGUCCCAGGGAUUCGUACGUGAGGCUGCGGUCCAGCCAACAAUUAACACCACGACUAUAGUGAAACCGAACGAUGAGGUUCCAACACUGCCGAACCCUUUCUUACCUGCUAUUGUACCUCUGCUGUGCCUUUUGGGCACGAUCAUGACCCACGGUCUCAUAGCGCUGUUCCAGAUCUGGUCUGUGCGCGUAAAGGCUUUAAUCAAGUACACGGCAGUGACUUCGUUAGAUGAAGCCACAUAUGUGAUGGUGGUACCACGCUCUUUCAAGGGCAAGAGCAGUAUUAUUGAGAUUGCACGUCCCAGACACGUGGAUGGUAAGUCAGCUGGACGCCCGUAUUUCUUUUUCCAGAAACAUAAAUAUAUCGCCAAAGAAGAAGCAGGUGGCAAAGGGUCCGUUCUUUUUUGCAAAUUGAAGGCUCCUACUACUGAGACGGUAAAGUUUUAUCUUGAUUCGCGUGGUCUCAGCUCGGAGCGCGAGAUUGAGGCUCAGCUGGGUUUGUACGGGAAGAAUGAGUUUAGUAUCCCGCAGCCGAAUUUUGUAGACAUGUUUAAACAGCAGCUGCUGGAGCCGCUAGCUGUUUUCCAGAUCUUUAGUGUCUGUCUCUACAUGCUAGAUGAGUACUGGCAGUACUCGCUGUUUACGUUGGGUAUGAUUCUUAUGUUUGAAGGUGUUACGGUGAUGAGUCGUCUAAAAAAUUUGCAGACGCUUCGUGGCAUGGGCAACAAGGCUCGGGAGGUGUAUGCAUACCGUGGCAAAACGUGGAAGAUGUUGAGCUCCGAUAUGCUGGUGCCUGGUGAUGUCAUUUCGGUAAAACGUGAGACAGAUGGUGAUCACGACAAUAUGGUGCCCUGUGACUGUUUGCUAUUAGACGGCAUGGCUGUUGUUAAUGAAGCGACAUUGACGGGUGAAAGCGUGCCACAAAUGAAGGAGGCUAUUGGUACAAAGAUGAGCCCGGAGGAUCUGGCAGAGCAGCUUGACAUGAAGUCGGGUCACAAAGUGCACGUGCUUUUUGGUGGAACUACUGUAAUGCAGGCGGAUACGUCGAGCAACGGACAAUCAAAAACUACGAAUCAGACAAUCCCUUAUGCACCCGACGGUGGCUGCACGGCAUAUGUAUUGCGUACGGGCUUUAGUUCAUCGCAGGGCAAGUUGGUGCGCAUGAUCGAGUUCUCUAGUGGCAAAGUAACGGGUAGCUCAUGGGACGCCUACGGGCUUGCAUUCUUACUUUUGAUUUUUGCCUUGGUCUCGUCAGGGUACGUCCUUCGUCACGGUAUUACGCAGAAGGGCAAAAUCACGUUUGAGCUGCUGCUACGUUGUGUGCUUAUUAUUACUAGCGUGAUUCCAGCUGAACUGCCUAUGCAAACGGCAAUGGCGGUAAACUCGGCUCUACUGAAUUUGGUAAAAUUGUCGAUCUUCUGUACCGAGCCUUUUCGAAUCUCGCUGGCAGGCAAGGUGAACAUUUGUUUGUUCGAUAAAACCGGUACCCUUACAACAGACCAACUUACCGCAGUUGGUGUGGUUUGUGAAGAUACGAGCAGGCCCACUUCUGCUCCCUCAACCGCGAAGGUGCUUGGUCACGUGCCAAUGAUUGCGGCUAACUUGGACGCUACGUUAGUACUUGCUGGCUGCCAGUCAUUGGUUCAGAUUGACGGCAAGAUGGUUGGUGAUCCAGUGGAAGAGGCAUCGAUCCGUGCUAUCGAUUUUUCGUACGAUGCGGCAACUCGUCGGUGUCAGGCAAAAAAAGAUCUUGAGCGCGCAAGCGAGCGUCGCUGGGGGCAGGGUAUUAACCAGAAGGACGUUUUCGUUCAAAUAAUGCACCGCAACCACUUUGCGUCGAAGUUACAGCGAAUGAGCGUUAUUGCCAAGGUGCAUUUGGGCGACAAGUGUAUGCGGUUGCGUUCACUUGUGAAAGGAAGCCCCGAGGCAGUUGCGACGUUGAUGCGCCGUGAUUCCAUCCCGGAAUGGUACUGGGGGACUUAUCAAAGUCUUGCUCGGCGUGGAAUGCGUGUGCUUGCUCUCGCUUACAAGGAUCUUCAUGGGUGUUCGUCAGAGGCUGAAGUCGCUCAGCAGUCUCGCGCUUGGGCCGAAAGCGAAUUAAACUUUGCUGGUUUUGCAGUGUUUCAGUGUCUAGUUCGUAAGGACAGUGGCGACAUUUUGAAGGUGCUAAAGGAUAGUUCGCACGAGGUUUCAAUGAUCACUGGAGAUGCUACGUUGACUGCUGUUCAUGUGUCAAAGGAAGUGGGUAUUAUUACUCGCCCAGCGCUGAUUUUGAGCGAAAGCUCGUCGCCGGGAGACCCUCUAAAGUGGCUAAGCGCUGAUGAUGACUCUGUUUUGGCGCCGUACGCUAGUGGCGAUAUUAAGGUCUUGGUAAAGAAGUAUGACUUGUGCGUAAAUGGAAAGACACUCGUUGCUGCAGGCGAAGUGGACGAUAUGAUCUGGAAGAGCUUGAACCACAUCCGCGUUUAUGCUCGAAUGACGCCAGAAUUGAAAGAAAAGGUGCUAACAUUGCUGAAGACGCACGGCCACCAUACACUUAUGUGCGGUGAUGGCGGUAACGAUGUCGGAGCCUUAAAGCAGGCGCAUAUUGGAGUAGCAUUGCUAGGUGGAUUUGGGUCAGCGAAUGCCGACAAAAGUGUGACUGGUCUGGCUAAGUACCAGAAGGGUAACGAGGCUACCGUGAGCACUCGCGAAGACCUGAUGAAGUUACAUGUGUCGGUAUUGAAGAAGCGUCUAGUGCAGCAAAAUGUGAACACGUCACAGUGCAAGGGAAAGCAGGAUUACGUUGAGCUUAUUCUUAGCGAGCAGAAGAAAAAGGCCAUGGACGCGAUUAGGAAGAAACAACAGGCCUUAGCGAAGAAAAACCCGAAGUUGCAGGUUCUUAGUAAGGAAGAGCAAAUGGCGGAGACGAGAAGAAAGCAGGCAGAGCUGGAGGCAGACGUUAGUGCUCGUCAGGCUCGUGGAGAGUCAUUUGCACGGAUGAAAGCAAUUGCGGCUUUUGCCAAGCGUGAGGCGGAAGAAAAGAAGAAGCUGCAAAUGGAACGCACAGGCUCAAAAGGGUUUGCAAAUUUUGCCAACAACGCUGCUAUGGCGCAGUAUAUGGAUGACUUUGACGAUGGCGAGUUGCCGAUGGUAAAGCUUGGUGACGCAUCGAUUGCUUCUCCUUUCACAUCUCGCGCUCCUUCUAUUAAGGGCUGCGUCGAUAUUAUUCGUCAAGGCCGUUGCGCACUUGUGACAACGAUGCAAAUGUACCAGAUUCUGGCUAUCAACUGCCUUAUCAGCUCGUACUCGCUGUCAGUGCUGUAUUUGGAUAAGGUCAAGUGGGCUAACUCGCAGAUGAUGGCGCUAGGCAUGAUAUCAACUGUGGCCAGCAUUACGUUGAGUCGCGCCACUCCGUUGGAAAAGUUGUCGCCUGUUCGUCCGCUAACAUCAAUUUUCCAUCCAGCGCUUUUCUCAAGUCUUGCUGGUCAGUUCGCGCUCCACCUUGGUUGUAUGAUCUACCUUACCAACCUUGCCAAGGAGUACACGAUCGCAGGCGAUAUUACGUACUCGAAGCCUGGCGAAUACAAGCCCAACGUUAUGAGCACGGUCAUAUUCCUUAUCAAUGGCGUGCAGACGGUGAGCGUGUGUGCUGUGAACUAUAAGGGCCGACCAUUUAUGAAGCCCAUGACGGAGAAUCCUGGUCUCCUCUAUUCACUCGGUAUCAGUAUCGUUGGUGUAUUUCUGUUGUGCACGGAGCGAAUGCCCAUGUUUAACAAAGUGUUGCAAAUUGUGCCCAUGCCUGACCUGCGUUUCACGCGUAUUCUUACGGGAUUGCUUACUCUUGAGGUGCUGGGUGCUUUUGCGUGGGACCAGAUCUGUCUUUUGAUGUUUGCGCCACAGAUUUUCAUCGCUUCGCUGCGCGCAUUUACUUUGAAGGACGUGCGCCAUCUCUUGAAGAUGACGGUUGUCUCAUUGUUGAUCAUCUACGUCCUGGCCAACAUCGACUACGAUGAGUUUGAGCGCCAGCAGCAGCUUUUAGAGAAGCAGCAGAGCACUGUUGCCGUUGCUGAGGAGAUUAGUAGCUAG